AUGGCCUCAUUGAUACUAUGGGACGAGGCCAGCAUGACUAAGCGACAAGCGGUUGAGGCAUUAGACAAUAGCAUGCGCGACAUCAUGGGAAUACGCGACCGACCCUUUGGAGGAAAGACUGUUGUUUUUGGCGGGGACUUUAGGCAGGUGCUUCCGGUCGUCAGAAGGGGGUCACGGGGCCAGAUAAUUGAUGCAAGCCUCCGAAGUUCUCAUCUAUGGAAGAGUAUGCGGCAGCUUCGGCUCAUCACCAACAUGAGGGCUCAUAAUGACACGUGGUUUGCAGAUUACUUGCUCAGGGUCGGUAAUGGCACAGAGGAAGCCGACGAUCAAGGCAACAUACUACUCCCUGAUGAUAUUUGUCUGCCAUCUACAGGCGAGGUUGACGACCUAGAGAAGCUGAUUGACCACGUGUUUCCGAGUCUAGAUGACAACAUGGCAGAUUCGAGUUACAUGACAUCUCGCGCAAUCCUUUCCACGACAAAUGACAAUGUCGACAAGAUAAACAUCCGCAUGAUAGAGCGUUUCCACGGAGAUGAAGUAAUCUACCAUAGCUUUGACAGUGCGGAGGACGACCCAUAUGGCUACUACGCUCCUGAGUUUCUGAACGGAUUGACUCCCAAUGGUCUUCCUCCGCAUGCACUCAAACUAAAGCUGAACUGCCCGGUGAUACUUCUAAGGAACAUUGAUCCAGCUAAUGGGCUAUGUAACGGGACUAGGCUUGUUGUUAGAGGUUUUGAGAGGAACACCAUUGAUGCAGAAAUCGUGAUUGGGCAACACGCUGGUAGGAGGGUCUUCCUUCCUCGAAUACCUCUGUGCCCAUCUGACAACGACAUGUUUCCAUUCAAGUUUAAGAGGAAGCAAUUUCCUAUAAGGCUUAGCUUUGCUAUGACGAUUAACAAGGCUCAAGGGCAGACCAUCCCCAUUGUUGGUGUGUAUCUACCUAAUCCGGUGUUCUCUCAUGGUCAACUCUAUGUUGCUUUGUCUCGAGCCACCGCGAAGAGAAACAUAAAAAUACUCAUUCAGAAGGAGAAGCCAAAGGAGAAGUCCAACAAGCAACAUAACAAUCCGAAGAAGCGUAAAAGACCGACCGUGUCCUUGCUGACCUCAAUGAAGAACAUCGUCUACAAGGAAGUACUUACAGGCUGA